CGUGUGGGCCGCCUCUCUGUCUCGGCCCCCCUCCCAGUGUCACUGCCUGCGUCAGACACCCAGGGAGUUUUCCACUGACGAAAAAGGCAGAGCUGCUGAGCAGCUUGAUUCAGACAAGGGGGAGCUUCGGUCAGAGCGCUUCGUGUAGCUAUCGAAAGGGGGGGAAACAAAAAGAAAGAGCCAGAGAAAGAAAAUAAAAGGAAAGAAGCAUUGGAAGCACACGACUGUUUAGACUAUGUUAGGAUAAAGCACUACCCUGUGGAUUAUUAUACCCGUUCCUUCGCCCCUUUUCCCUCUGCGAGUGGAUUUAUGGUGGACGGAGACGCACUUUCUUGCACAUAAUUCAGCAAGCUCUCAUCCGCUAUGAACGGGUUACUCAAACGAAAAUAUGAUGAGGUUGAUGAGGAUCCCUGCUACUCUUCUUCUCCCUCCUCCUCCUCCUCUUCUUCUGCAUCUUCUGGUGGGUGGGACUCUGAUGAGGAGAGUUCUAGUUCAGAGGCCCUGGAUUCUAGGUCAAGCAUCCCCAGUACUUAUUUACGCACUAAAUCCAUCCUGAAGACCACCAAACGAAGAAGACGGUGCAAUGUGAAGUUUGACCAGGUCAUAGUAUUCUUCUUCCCACGUUGUCAGGGAUUUACUAGUGUGCCAAGCCGAGGGGGCUGUACCUUGGGAAUGGUGAAACAGCAUAGCAUGUGUCGGCAGUACACACUGGAUGAAUUUGCCCAGGAGCAGCUACAUCAACGACGUGAAAAGCUGAAGGAACGACUUAAGGAGGAGAAAGUAGAAGCUCUGAGACAGAAGCUUACUAAAAAUGGAACUAGACAGUGUGAAGAAGCUGAUCGUCUCACCACAGAUGAUAUACCUGAAGAUGAUAUUGACAUUACUGGGAUUGACCUUGAGGAGGCCUGUUUUCUUCACCCUUAUCCAUCUAAAAAAAGGCAUGCACUGUUGAAAACUGCUGGGGUAAAGAAAAUAGACAAAGAAGAAAAGCGUGAACUUCAUGCAAUCAGAGUUUCCCGUGAGGACUGUGGAUGUAACUGCCAGGGAUUCUGUGAACCUGAGACCUGCAGCUGCAGUAUUGCAGGGAUCAAGUGCCAGAUGGAUCACUCCUCUUUCCCAUGUGGCUGCACCAAAGAUGGCUGUGGAAACACGGAGGGCCGGAUUGAAUUCAACUCAAGUCGGGUUCAAACUCACUACAUUCAUACCAUUAUGAAACUGGAACUGGAAAAAAGACUAGAUGAGAGUCAUGAUGCAAGUGAACCUUUUGGUAAACACUUACCUCAACAGCACAAUAGUUUUUUUGCUUGUCCAGUAGAUUCUAGCCAUGACACAACCAGCAGCCCACCCUUUCACUUUACUCCUGAGCUUGACCCCACUGGGGAUAAUAGUUGUAGCAGUGACAUGACUGACUCUUCCAGUUCAUCUGGUCAGAGUGAGGACUCGGAAAACCCUUGCGAAGCAAGCAGUCCUGAUCCCGAGAAGCCACAAUCGGAUGUUGAUGACAAUGGGCUGGCCAGGAUUCUAAGUUUCAAUGACUCGGACAAUGACGAUUGCAGUAGUUCUCGCAGCACAAAAGGUGAACAACAGCAAAAAGUAAAUCUCCGCUCCUUCAGCUCCUCAGACUUUUUAAAUGAUAAUAUCCCAGAAGGGACUUUCUCAGUCACUAAUGGUGGGCAGACUGACAAUCAUGUAUCCUGUGUAUCUGAUUACUUAGAUGAAAAUGCCAAUCAAGACUCUGCCUUAUUUCACAGCAGUGAUUCAAGUCAAAAUAAUUCUAGUGCCCCUGCUUCCUCAGAUGAUCACGCUACCAAAAGCUAUAUGGACCUCAGUCUUUCCUCAGACUCUGAUUUAGAAUUUUUUCAUAGUUUUCCGGACUAUAGCCCUAGCCCCCUUUAUAACUGCGUGAGAGAGUGUGAAAAUCUGGACAGCUAUUUUCAGUUUCAGUUCCCCAGUUUUCCCAGUUUUCCCCAGACUGGUGAUCAAGGAACCUGCUUCCUGGAAUCAUUGAUUGGCUUAUCAGAAUCUGUCCCUGAACCGCCGGCUGCUUUUACUGACAAUCUUCUUCUAGAGGAAGCCAUCAAAUCACCCAUGAUGGAAUCUGUGAAGGUUUAAAAAUAAAAAUGCUUGAUAUAUCUUUAUAAUGGAAAAAAAUGUAAAUAAUUUACAACUGUAAAUGUAU